GAUCGACGAGUUUGGCAUCUCGUCGCGCUCCAUCAGCUCGAGUCGUCAAGCGCGAAAGGACCUCUGUUUCAAACAAGUGCAUUUGAUAGUAGAUCUUAAUUUUUUUUUCACGAUUUAGUUAACCGUGCAAUUCACUUCUAAUGAGGUACGAUAUUUGAGGGUCCCAACUGAAGCUGUCAGGCGUGUGUGAAAAGUGUCUCCCAAUUUAACGACUCCACCAAAUGAAACAAAAUAACGAAUGAAUGAAAAACAACAACAAACGAACGGACGGAAUCGAGAGUGAGAGUGAUGUGAACCGACGGUUGGGACCCACAGCAUCACAACCAUCUCGGCUCAUAUUGGUUCGAGAUUGCUGACGGUUCGGAAGCGAAAGUAUUUCGUGUCUCUCGUGUGCGCCCAGGUUUCGUGAUUGGUGUUGGACUCUAUCGCCGCGAAUGUACGAUUCACCGGAAAAGUGUUUACUUAAAGUAAAGGUCACCAAGUGACCGCGCAGAAGAUUUGUGUGAUUUGUGGCGUUGGAUCUUCCAAUGAACGGAAUUUAUUGAUAACAUCGAUUUGAGAAAAAAAUAUGAUAUUUUGAUAAAAGAAGUGUCUUCCAAGUGGAUCGAACGUGAAGUUUUGAUGAACCUUGUGAUAAGGAUUCCGCAUUUAGAUGAUACAGAAUGCUGACGGUGGUAGCGUUACUACUGGCCAUAUCCGUGCUACGGACUGCCGCACAAGCCCCAGCUGCUGCGCAAAAUGACGUUCGAACACAACCCCAAACGUUGCAAAUGAUGAUGCCAACCAUCCCACCUAAUCAGCUGAUCACUAUCUUUCAGUCGCCAUCACCGCUCCCACCGACGGACACAAGCACCACUCAACGUCAGGGUAUUCAUUACCAGCACUCCGUUUCCCUUGGUCCCAGGAGUAACUAUUACGUUUACUACUCUGAUGGUGCUCCAAACUCUCAGCACCAGCAACCACUCGAAUAUCAGUCUCUCAUUGGUUUCCCCAACGAACAGUCUAGUCAAGUAGUGCUCAAUACGAAUUCUUUCCCAGUGCAACUGGUAACACUAGUGCAACCCACCGCGAAACCCGACGUUCAACGGGAAAAUGCUACCGAAGCGUACCACUCGAACGUCGAUCUGAAUGAUGAGGGAAUUCAGAAGUUGGUCUCCUCCACGCAGGAUUUGGUGACGAACGAAGAUGUAGUCAGUAUCAACAAUGCCGAGGAGGAAGAAGUAACGGAGAAAAAAUCCGAUACUUCAGAAGCGGAGAUAGACAAUGAACCCAGCGAAAGUCGUGUGAAUGAGGAAAAGUUGAAAGAUAAUCUCGCGGUUCCUUCCUUCAACCAGCCGAUUAUCGUGGGCGAAAUGUCUGAUGCUUCGGGAAGAAAUCAGCGGUCCGGAGGGAGAAGAUUCUUUCAUCAAAAACAGAUCAAUGUGGAAAUUAUUGGCGAUCCCAAUGAUCACAACAAAGGACAGUUUCUGAAGGAAACUACGUUCCUAGCCAAUCAAGUUACACCGGAUCCAUGUGGAGACGAUAAGAAAUCUACCCAUGUGCUGCCUAAACUCGAGAUCAGUACAGUUCAGUCGGUUUUGUCAACAGUUCAUGGGCGUGGGAAAACAGCUUCAAACACGGGUUUCUAUUUACCCUCAUCUACCGCCCUUUACAUAGCUAAGGAGUCGACCACAGUCGCACCAAAGCCGGUACCUACCAAGUACCUGGCUCCGAUUCAAGCAGGUUUGAGACUCCUAAAUUCCGAAAAGACCAUCGACGAUUGCGUCGAUCCCCCAAAACCAGAAGAGAAAACAAUCGUUGAAAUCCAGAAGAGCGUCAACGUCAACAAUAUUCUCGUCAAGGAAGAAGUUUCUCAACAGCAAGAACCCAAAAGCAACGUUGUCCAUCAACCAAUCUUCGUCGACAGGUACGUCGAUCGAAUCACCAAGCAGAACGUUAUCGUUGAGAAACCCGUCCUUCAGCCAUACAUCGUCGAGAAGCCCGUCGAUCGGAUCAUCAAACAGAACGUAAUUGUUGAGAAACAAGUUCCUCAACCGAUUAUCGUGGAAAAGCCCGUCGACCGCAUAGUGAAGGAGAAUGUCAUCGUAGAAAAACCGGUUCCUCAGCCUAUAAUUGUGGAAAAACCGGUCGAUCGAAUUGUUACCCAAAAUGUUAUUGUUGAAAAGCCGGUUGAUCGAAUCGUAACUCAACCGAUUUAUGUAGAGAAACCCGUGCCCCAACCUGUGGAUCGUAUCGUGGAAAAACAGGUUCCCGUACCCUAUCCAGUGGAUAGGAUCGUCGAAAAACAAGUGCCAACCGCUGUCCCGGUUCCAUAUCCAGUUGAGAAACAGGUUCCGGUUCAUCAUUAUAUAGAUCGACCAGUCAUCAAACACGUACCUGUAGAAGUACCGGUGGAGAGGAUAGUUGAAAAACCAUAUCCAGUUGAGAAGGUCUUGACAAAAGAGGUUCAAGUCCCCUAUCCUGUAACCCAAAUUGUAGAGAAAAUCGUCGAUCGACCCGUGGAGGUGGAAAAGAUAGUCACCAAAGAAGUUCAGGUACUCUAUCCGGUUACACAAUACGUUGAUCGUCCGUACCCGGUAGAGGUACCUGUUGAGAAAAUAGUGGAGAAAAUUGUUGAUCGACCCGUUGACAGGGUGGUUGAGAAGCAAGUUGAAGUUCCGGUACCGGUUACGGUCGAAAAGGUUGUUGAGAAGAUUGUCGAUCGACCCGUUCCAUACCCGGUACAGGUUCCCGUGGAAGUGCCGGUUCAGGUACCAUUCCACUACCCGGUGGAAGUUCCUGUUGGGGUUCCCUUUCCGUAUCCGGUUGAAAAACUAGUACCUGUUCCCAUCCACGAACCAAAACCAGCCCACUCCAUCAUCAAAACAACAACCCACGAAAAGUUGUUCGAUUUCCAUAAAUUGUUUGGAGACAAGCGACGACAUUAUAAUAUUUACCUGAAGUCACCGCCGCAACUUAAAAGUCCCGUUAUAGAGGUUCCAGCUAAGCAUAUUUUUUACCACGAAAAAUACCCGAAAAGUGAUCUUCAUUUCGGUGCCUCUAUCCAAGCCCCAUCGUACGUAUCCUUCGCACAACUGAACAUCUUACCGCAUCCACAUCAUCACGAGAAGCCUCUGCCCGUUUAUAGCUCACCCAUUGGGGCCGACGCUUUCAACGGUAAUUUCCACACCCACAAUCGAUUCCAACCGCUAAUCGAUCGACCUCGUUUUGUAGGCAAGCUUACCUACCCGACGCCGCCAUCUUUUCAGCACCAGUUGCAGGUUUACAAGGAUGACUACGUGGGGCCAACGCCCCUGCUCGAGGAUCAUUGGGCCGUCAAGAGUGACGUCAAAUUUCGCAGGAGUCCAACGUAUGGGAAGGGCUUGCGGAUCGAGUAUGGUGGCUUCAAGCCACCGCUAGUGCCAUCGCUGGAGAUCGACGAGAACGGGGUACCGUUGAGCGAGAAGGAACACAAGAAGGAUUAGGCGUGGAGACUGAUGAAUGCGACUGAGGGGAAGUAAUUUCUCCGUCGUUCUGUAGAGGGUAAUGCUGAUAAGACUCCUUAGUUGUAAGCGCAGAGUGGACAUUAUAUUCAUGCGUCACCAAGUUCUUAAAAAUCAUUUGCUAUUAAAAAAUAAUAUGUAUAAGUAAUUUAUUGCAUUAGAACGUAUUUAAGAGACGUAGAUGAAAUACAUUCAUUUCAUAAUAUGAAACGUUUAGAUAUGUAUUACCCGAGCAACAGUUUAUAUUUUUUCAAAUAUACGGAACUAUCUUAGUUAUUUUCUUGAUUAAUGAAAUAUUGAAGUAGAUAACGGGUGAGUCACAAGUAGCGGGAUUAAAUGAAAACACGUUAGGCGAAAACGUUUUUUUUUUUAAAUUCAAUUCUUUAUUCCAUUCUCCUUGAUCCAUACAAUGUGCAUUUGAGAUGUGCAAUAAUUAGACAAAUAG